UUUCAGCACCGCGGACAGCUCCCGGUGAAAGCAGCCAGCAGCAGCGGGUCGGUCCUCUCCGCUGCUCUGAGAAAAGAAGAAGAAGAAGAAGAAGAAGAAGAAGAAGGAGGAGGAGGAGGAGGAGGGAAUUAAAAAAAAAAAUCUUAAGUGAGAUUUAUAACACCUCGAAAAGACAGCGGAAGAGAUUUAGCUUAAUUCAAUCCAGAGCAGGCGAUAUAUUUGUAGUGACAGGCUACAGACAAAACCAUUACAGGACUCCCGAGGUUUGCGUUUGUGUGCAAUCUCUGCGAAGUUUCUCGCCAAUGAAAGGUAUUCCGCCUCCUCCUGCCGGUCUGCACAGCUCGGAAUAUCUAUCUGCUGGUUAUCAGGGGAAGUUGAAGAGAAAAACAAAAGUGUCAACACCACAUCAGCACCUUCUUCUUCUAUUUGGACCAUAUCCUUAAAGAAGUUGUUGGACUUUUUUCUUCGCUUACCCUAGCUCCCCUGCGUAAAUUUUUGGGGUUUUUUUUUGCGCGUGUGUGCAGAAGGAUUUUUAUUUGUUGGUUAAUACUCCCAGAAGCCCCAAAAAAGGGGUGGGGGGCAAACAAAGCAAGUUUCUUUUUUAUAUAUAUUCGGAGCAAUAGGCUUUCCCUGAGCCUCCACUUCUUCUCCUUUGUAACGCUCUUUUUUUUUCCAGCAGCGAUGGGAGUCCUACAGCCACUGAUGCAAGCUUUUGAUGCGUCCGGAUACAUUUCACCUCUCUCGCAGCACUGAUUCGGAUUCUUUCCUCCUCCGAGUCAUUCAUCUACAGUCUGUUACAUUUAACAUUCACAGGGGGACGCCCCGGACUGCCAUCUUUCCACCAUCAUUUUUCGACAACUGCUAAAGACUGAUAGGUGAUGCCAUGGCCAUGGAUCGAUCGUAAGAUGAAGUUGGUGGCCCUGCAACGCGGAAUAAGGGACACAGCUUAGGCAACUUUUUAAAAAAUUGAUCAAUAUUUUUCAACUUGUAGAAAUACGUGUGUAGCCUGAUUUGUAGCUGUUCAUGACGGAAAGGAUGGCGCUGAGUGGAAACUGUAGGACUAACCCUAAAGAACAGGCAUCAGUUCAGAACAGUUUCCCAGAUGUUGUUGAGUUAAACGUAGGGGGGCAGGUUUAUUACACGCGUCACUCAACUUUGGUGAGCACCCCGAAUUCGUUACUCGGUAAGCUUUUCUCCUCCAAAAAAGACGCAUCAAACGACUUGGCGAGAGAUCCCAAGGGCCGUUAUUUCAUCGACAGAGACGGGUUUUUAUUCCGGUAUGUGUUGGACUACCUCCGAGACAAGCAAGUCGUCCUCCCGGACCAUUUCCCGGAGAAAGGGAGGCUCAGGAAGGAGGCGGAGUACUUCCAGCUGCCCGACUUAGUCAAGCUCCUGACCCCUGAGGAUAUCAAGCACAGCCCGGACGACUACUUUCACAGCGACUACGAAGAUGGGUCCCAGGGCAGCGACCAUCGGCAGUGCCCGCCGCCGUCCCUCGUCCCCGCGGACAGAAAGAGCGGUUUUAUCACGGUGGGGUACCGGGGCUCGUGCACCAUGGGCCGAGAGAGUCAAACCGACGCCAAGUUCAGAAGGGUACCUCGGAUACUUAUAUGUGGACGCGUGGCCCUGGCUAAAGAAGUUUUUGGAGAGACCCUGAACGAGAGCCGGGAUCCGGACAGGACCCCGGACCGGUACACCUCCCGGUUUUACCUCAAGUUCAAGCACCUGGAGAGGGCUUUUGACAUGCUGUCGGAGUGUGGUUUCCAAAUGGUGGCCUGCAACUCGUCGGUCACAGCCUCGUUUGUCAACCAGCACACGGAAGACAAGAUCUGGUCCAGCUACACAGAAUAUGUCUUCUACCGUGGUCCAACACGUUGGUCCUCCCCUCCGUGCGACUGCUGCUGCAAGAACCACAAGGGCGACGGCGAGGGUGAGAGCGGCACCUCCUUCAACGAGCUCUCCACCUCCAGCUCCGAGAGCCAGUCAGAGGCCAGCUCUCCCCAGGGAACGGUCAUCUGCGGUCCAGUCAGCCGCCAGCCACACCCCCACGCGAAUGUCCAAACCCUGGACAGGCCGCUGAAAAAGGGCCCUGUUGCCAUGCUCCAGCAGUCUGAACAGCGGCGUAAGAGUGACUUGCUGCGCACGCUCACGGCGAGCUCCCGCGACACCAGCACCUGCAAGAAACGGCCAGCGAAGGAGAAGCUGACGGUGGAGGAGGAGCUGGAAAAAUGCAUUCAAGACUUCCGCAAGAUCAAGAUCCCAGAGAGGUUCCCUGAGAGGAAGUACAUGUGGCAGGCCGACCUGCUGAGGAAGUACCGCCUCUGAGAGAGGAAACGGGAGAGAGGGAGCAGACACAUGAGGCCAAGGAUCAGUUUACAUGUUUUUUGAUCAUGACUUUUGCAACAAAAGGGAGAUAACACUGAACUCAUUUGAAUCCAGUUUCUGGGGGAAAUUUCACCUUUAGGCCAGUAGGUUGAAAGUCUACACAGAAGCUAGAGAGAAGCAUAAAAAACAGACUGUCCUCUUAUUGACGUAUGUAGUAUGUAUGUGUGUGUAUGUAGUUUAGGUCUACUGUAUGUACUGUAAGUAUGUGUUGUACCUUGCUGAAUGCUUCAGAGCUUUGAAUAAUUUAUCCCUGAGGACCAAUCAAAGUGGGCAAAGGACAUUCUCUAUGAACUGAUCAACCAACUGAAGGCUUGCAGAUGGUUACACUGGGGUUUACUGAGGGUUACUGGACUGGAAACACUGUCAUCUGUCAUCAUUUCACGGAGAAAAACCAUCGCAGGAGCCACAGUUUUAGUCCACAAAGACAAACACUGAUUUAGUAUGUGAAUGUGGGUGUUUAUGUGUGUGUUCACACCCAGGUGGCCUAGAGGUCACAGAUAAAUCUGCAUCAGGACCCAUUAAUAAUUCAUGCUGUCCCGACAGUGCUCUCACUAUAAAUACACCCGUUGCUCUCUGCUGCCAGGGUGGUGUAAACAGCUGGGUCAAUUACUUUACUUUCAGGCAACAUUUGGGGACUUCUGAGGCAGGAGGAGGUACAAUUUCAUCAGCACCUCAAUUAAUUUUCCUCUUCUAAUAUCAGUUAUAUUGCAAACGCACCCCGAGUGAGUGAAAUCGCCCCACACUGCAUUGAUUUUUUGCUGUGUUGGCAAGAUGUAGAGCAAUACCCAGGUUACUGUAUGAAGGAUAAGUGAAAGAGUGAAGGAUUUGAUUUGAUGGUCAAACCAUGGGGAAAUACAAAGUUCAACAAAGAAAAGUCCUGAUUUAACACACCUAUACACACACUUAUCCAUUUAUAUCACAGGCAUUUAGUCCCACUUACAUCACCAAAACAAACAGAGCACUUGCAAACACUCAUUCCUGCAACACACUAACCGAUCAAUCGUGAAGUCAUAUAAACCAUGCUCAAUAUGACACCUGCAGUAAGUACAGACAGAAUGGGACAGGAUUGCUACAUUUGCUAACCCUGUCAAGACAGACUGAUGCUCUCUGCGCUGACUGUUGACACGGUAAUCAAUAGUUAUUGAUGAUAGGGUCCGGUGUUAGAGCCGAUAGAUGUGGCUCUUGUUUACAGUUAUUAAUGAAGCCCCUAGGUUACUGACAAAGACAAGCUGUUCAUGUAUUCAGUGAAAAUUUGCCAUUUUUCAUGUAUUCAUUCACAUACUCUCAGCUCUGUCAGAAUCAAUGGGAUGUAUUGCAAUGUGGUUACAGGAGCAAACAUUGCAGAUAGCUAUUUUAAAAGAGCACAAUUCAAGAGCACAGUUUAAUUUCCUGGUGGGUUGAUUGUUAUUUAUUUAAAGCUCUUGUUGGAUCAUAUAUUACUGACAGAAUGAUUUAGAAAUUAUUUCAUAGUGCAAAUUAAAUUAUUGACCACAGUACAUGGCAAAAGCACACAGACAUCCACUGAUGCUGGAAUCAUGAGGCAUUUCUUUUUAGAGUUAUAAUGGUAAGCUUUUAAAGAAUUGGUUAUUUGAACAGGUAGUGUUAUUGACAUCACAAUCUCUGUUUUAGGAGAGAACAUAUAUGAAAGGAUUGAACAUAUAUAACAGUCAAAAUAACAAAUGCACAACAGAAUCAGAGUUCAGGAUAGUCUGCACAAACAAUGUAAUUUAGACCAUCUGUGAGGGGCACAUAAAAGGCGUGCUGUUACAAGUACUGUAAAAGGAGGCUUCAUGUCCUCAUUAUGUCCAAUAUAUGAAACAUAAUUUCAUCAGAUUUAUUUUUGAGUUUCUAUAAGAAGAAAUAGCUGAAGUAGAUGACUGGUAAUUGCCUGCUUACAGAUACAUGUGUUUGUUAACCACAGCUUCAGGUAAAAUUCAAGGUAUUCAUGAACGGUGUGAUGGACAGCCAUGAUCAAAAAUGUGGUUUGAGUUAUUCUAAAUAUUAUGAACUGACCUGUAUAGAUGAAAGUUAAUAAUGACUAUCUUGGUAGCAGGGGGAAAAUAAAAACAGGAGGAGGAAGUAGUAAUCAUUUUCACAGAGAAACUUGAUUGUACUUCUCAUAUAUUUGCUAUAAAAGUUUAUGAAAGUUUAUAGGAGUGGGCUUUAUAUACAAUCGCAGCUUUCUGCAAAGCACAAAGUAUACAGUUUGAUUAAAAGCACACCCAAAUAGUAAAAUAUGCAGAACACAUAUUUAUUCAAAGAUCACUUUAUUAAAAAUGUCCCUGAUAUGUUAAUAUAAAAAUGGAUGAUUACAAAAUGUUUUAUUAUACUUAUUUUUCUAUCCAAAGGCCUUUAAAUUAAUAUAUGAUCAAAUCCCCUUAUGUUUCCCAUAAAAUGUAUUUCCUGUGAGAGAAGUGGUUCCAGUUCUAUUCAGUGGUGCCCAUAUGUCUGCUAAGGUUUAUUAUAGUAUACAGUAAUAUACAGUAAUAUGGUUGCAAUAGGUGCUAGAUACAAACCAACCAUUUUCCUCAUGUCAAUACAAUGAAUAUGACUUAUUUUUCUACAUUGCUGGAAUAUUACAUUUUCAUUUUAAAGUCAUUUAUCUUAUCAGUUGAAGUUGAGAUAUGUUAAUCCAGACUACAUAUCAUAUGUAAAUAAACACCAUAAAUCAUACCUAACCAGAAUAAUGUAUUAUACUCUGUAUAUAACAUGCAAAUCCAUGAGGCGUGGCUGCUCCCCUGUUCUUAGUGAUGCAGUAGACUGACGCUAAUGUAAUAGAGCCAUUCUUGUUUUAUCAUUUAGAGUGUUGGACCAUCAGGGAUGAAGGAAAAUAUAAUACACACCUAUAACAUAAUAUAUGAUAUUUACCACAAUAACAAAUCAAUAAAUAACAAGCUGACUGCUUUUCAAGACAGCAAUGUCAUAGAUGGACUAUCAGCACAUUUGUCUGAUUGUGUCACAGAGGUGGUCACUGGUGACUAAGACCUUUCAGUGACCGAACUACGAUCAAUAUAUUGUAAAAUUGAUGUUUAGUUCUGCUGAAACAGAACAAGAAGAAAAGCUUGUUCAAAACUCAAAAAUGUUCAAACCAUGGAGUUUUUGCUAUGGUACAGCACAGUCAGAAAGUGUAAAGACAGCAAAUUUUAUUUUAUUUUUUGCAGUUUUGGCUCUGUUCUCCAGAACAUUGGAUUUGAAAUUAAACAAUGACUAUGGGGUGAAAGUGCUGACUUUAACCUUCUAGCAGUGUUUGAGGGUGUUUACAUCCAUACUGGACGAAUAGUGCCGGACUCUCCCUCCAAUUAUAGGACAAAGCAGCAGGACAACAAUUCUAAACAUACAGUCAAGGAAAAAAAGGAGCUUCUAUGGCCAAAAUAGUGUUCUGGUCUAAUCAAGUUGAUCCUCAAUCCAGCUGAUGAUGUCUUUUACUGAUGAAUACCAGUAUGAAGUGAGGACAGCUAUUUUAUUUGGAUGUAAACUCCCUCAAGAAUGAGAAUGAGAAUCAGAACCUCAACAUCAAACCUCAUGUGCUGGAGCACAGUGCCAGCACACAACAAAAAUCACUGCACUACACGGUUUAUCUUUAAUCUUUUUAAUCCACCUUUAAUCUCUGUAAAGGUGGGUUGCAUUCUCAGUUAGUUUGUUUGGUCUAAACCAAAAGUAAAAUGUUCACUUUGACACAUUCGCACUGACUGGCGAUCUGCCUGGAGUGUACCCCGCCUCUUGCCCAAUGUCAGUGCUACCCCACUCCAGCCCCCCCGCAACCCUUACGGUUGGUAUAGAUAAUGGAUAAAUGGAUGGAGGUUCACACUGACCAGUUACAAACAAUGAGGGCAUUAAAAAAAAGCAUAAUGACUUAAGAUACUGAAUCAAGAUGUUCCCAUAAAAUGUGUUUUCAGUUGCUGGAACAGUUAUUAUGUGGUCGACUGAUCCAAACAAAGUAAAUAGUUUGAAAAAACCAGUGCAAUUGUGAUUCAUAUGAAAGAUGAAAGUCUGAUUUUCAAGAGAAGCCUGUUGCACAGCUUUUUGCAUCUUUCUUUGGAACGUUAUUUUCUACAUCUGCAGUAGUUAGUCUUGUGCUGUUCACAUUCAGCCCAGUUUACAGCGAGAAAGCCUGCUGAUAUAAUCGUAAGGAUCAUGUUUGCUUGACUCUGCCUGCCAUUUUUAAAAAUGUGUUGGGUUUACUUUGAGAUGUUUCAACUACAAGGUGGAUCAGUCACGGAAAUGAUUAGAUAUUAGACAUGAUUAGAAAUGGCAUUGAACAGACACAGUAGAAAUGAAUACCAAGACACCCGGAGGCCUUCUAGAGUAGACUACAGCUGUUUUUGCACAAUGUAUAAAGUUAAUAAAGACACAAACAAGAAAGUAUUUGAAAAAGAGAUAAAUAUGUUAAUAGUCACCUUACAUGCACAAUACAGACACAAUUAACGUGUCUGUCAUGAGAGAAAGAUUCAAACAUUUGUUGUAUUGCAGAUCAACAUUACAAAUUUUCACAUUCAGAGCAUGUGAGAUGAUAUUCAGUUCUUUGGGCUAUGAGGUGAGCAACAGAUUAUGUAAAUCUUGAUAACGAAUGACUGAGAUUUUGUUUCAAGUCAAAUGUGGUGUAUGAAAAGGAAGAGAGACUGUGAACUGAUGUUAAGUUUGUCAAUUUUACUUAUUUUGGAGUGCCAGGCUACAAUAUGUGAUUUUUCUUUCCUGAAGUUAAUUGUCAUGCCCUGCAAGUAAAGCCUGUGUACAUGACUGCAGGUUAUUUUCCUCCUGCCUUUGAUGAGCCUGCGAACCACAAAGAAAAUCACAUUACUCUGAUACCACCACAGUAGACACGGCACAUGCUGUUUCAAAAACAAAAGGAGCGUCUGUUUUGAUGUACGUUGUUCUGACACAAAAAAUAAUUUAAAAAAAAGAAGAAAAAAUGGUUCAGAAACAUUGUGAGCAUGUUGGUAUACAAAACUUAUAACAGAUUUAACUUAGUCUGUUCGUGUGAAAAAGAUUAUGUCAAAAACUGAUAUUUACCAGAAAAAAGAAAACUUGCAAAAAAAAAAAAAAAAGAUAAGCACAAAUGUGUUGAUAGUGUCUGCUGUUCCUCCACAGGUGUAUAACAUUAUCAAAUAAAAAGUCAACUCUGCAGCGUGACCGAGCUCCUGCAAAACAGAGCAAUUCUCACCAGAGGUAUAAAGCUCAUGGAAAACUUGCUUCGCCAUGAAUCAUCUUGGAAAUAUGAAAUACUAAUUUGGCAAUUGCAGAAUUAUGAAAAACUGCCUAUCAGAGUUUUUUUCCUGACCUGUAAAAUCUGAUCAAACUGAAUGUAAAUUGUCAAAAACCAAACAUCUGUGGUGAGAGUCGCCCUUUAUUCCAGGAGUGACGUCCUGUUACAAUGUCUGCCUUUAGAGACAAUAUGAAUCAUCUGAGAGUGUUUAGAUACGAAGCAUAUAGUAAUUUUGAAAUGUAUGAGUACAACCAAUAAACAAGACAUUCUGUACAGCGA